UCUCCGCAGCGGCUUCAAAGAUCACAAUUAUCGGAGCAGUCUGCCGAAAGCCGCGACUGGGUGGUGAAGUCACCUACAGAAGUCAUUAAAACUUUCGUACAUAUGUACUCACUUUACACUAGGUAAUGAAUGUGUGUGCGAAAGAACACUUUAAAUUCUGACAGUGUGAUUUUUGGUGUAUUUAUAAAAGUCAUAAAACAAGAGACUAUAGUAAAGUUGGUGACAAUUAAAUGAUUAUGUAUUUACCUGAAGUUAGUGGAUUGAUUUGAACUGAGCUUCGAAGACAACUGUCGAGCUGUCUGCCUUCUGGGAGCGACAACGGGCGCCAAACGUGGCAGUCCGUAGGAUGGGGACAGGUGACCGUCUACUUGACAUCCCCUGCAAUGUCUGCGGGGAUAGGAGCUCAGGCAAGCACUACGGCAUCUACAGUUGCGACGGUUGUUCAGGAUUCUUCAAGCGGUCUAUACACCGCAAUCGGGUGUAUACCUGCAAGGCUGGAGGCGAGAUGAAGGGCCGCUGCCCAGUGGACAAGACUCAUAGGAACCAGUGCCGCGCCUGCCGCCUCGCCAAGUGCUUCCAAGCUAACAUGAACAAAGACGCGGUGCAGCAUGAGCGAGGUCCUCGGAAGCCGAAGUUGCAAGCCGGCGCCAUGGGUGCGCUGGGCCCACCGACAAUGAACCACGCACACAAGCCGCACGCUCUCAAGCUGUCACCACCUUCGCCCUACACACCGCUGCCGCAGACCUUCAAUUUUCAGUUCAAUAUCAGUGGCAUGAGCGAGCCAGCCCCCUUGAGCACGGCUUCCUCAGCGGGGUCUAGUGGCGCCGGUGGGGGCGCGGGGGCUCCGAGCCCCCUGCCACUCGUGCCAGAGCCGUUCCUAGCCCCACCACCUCCAGGCUUACUACAUAUCCUCAUGUCCUCCGAUAAAUGCCAGGAAUUGAUGUGGAGCGCAAAACAGCUACAAUUACAGGGCGAUCCAACGUUGCUUCGACCACCACCAAGUGCUUUUGGAGCACCCCUUGCGCCUACAUGGGAACUUUUGCAGGAAACAAGUGCCCGUCUUCUCUUCAUGGCGGUGCGUUGGGUGCGGUGCCUCGCGCCUUUCCAAGCUCUGGCAGCUUCAGACCAACUGGUCCUGUUACGAGCUGCUUGGAAGGACCUGUUCCUGCUGCAUCUAGCGCAGUGGUCGGCUCCAUGGGACCUGGCGCCGCUGCUGGCAGCACCUGCAGCUCGCGCUCGAUUGCCACCGGACCCGUUGGCAGAUUUGGAACUGAAUACUUUACAGGAGAUUUUGUGUCGGUUUCGUCAAAUAGCACCCGACGGCAGCGAGUGUGGGUGUAUGAAGGCUAUUGUUCUUUUCUCACCAGAUACGCCGGGACUAAUCGAGACUCAGCCUGUGGAGAUGUUACAAGACCAAGCUCAAUGCAUACUGGCUGAUUAUGUGCGGACCCGGUAUACCAGACAACCGACAAGAUUCGGCCGCCUACUCCUGUUACUACCAUCACUCCGAGCGGUGCGCGCGCGCUCCAUAGAGCUGCUAUUGUUCCGCGACACGGUGGGCGACGUCUCGGUGGCGACGCUACUGCACGACAUGUACCGCAUGCAGCCUGCGCCGGCGCCUGCGUUCCAUCCACCCCCACCGCCUACCAGUGAACAUUGUUCCUCACCAUAACUUUAUUAAAUACCUACCUAGUGCUGCUUGGUAUUCAACACUGGCUGAUGUAAAUUUAUAGUGAUGUUACUGUCCUGAAUUGUUCAUAUUACUACCAAGUACCAAAUCCAAAGUCUCAUCAGAUAUUGCUAUAGCUAUAACCAUACUAUGAAGUGUCUGCAAAUCGUCUCUAUGCAGGACACAGCAGAUUAAAUUGUCAGAUUGAUCGUACUCAUCACGUUAUUUGCUCGUCGACAUAAUUUAAGGUGUUCGAUUUGGAACUUUGUUAAUACUCGUAAGAAGUCGAAUUUCAAUUAGUAUCCUUUUCACAUUAUAAGUACCUACGAGUUCGUUAGCGUAUAGCACAACUAAUAAAAGUUCAUAGAAAGUAAUUAAAUAGAAUUUCUGAAGAGAAUUUUAUAUAAAAUCUAACUAAAUAAUAUAAAAGUGUAUGAGAGUAUUUGAAUCUGAAAGUAUUAGAUAAAAAUGUACCUUUUUGAAUCUUAUCUAGUCUAGUCAACCUAGUCAUGUUGUAUAAAUUUUGUAAAUGUUAUUAUUCUAUAGUAAUUUAUUGUAUUUAGAUUAAGAUGUAUUUAAACAUGUGCUAUGAAUCUAGAGAAAUAAUUUAAAAAUGUGUUGAUGAAAUGUUGUAAAGACAAUAGCAUGGUAUGUUCUUUUAUUUGUAUAUAAAUAUGUUUUGAUUUGAUCAAGGAGUUAUUUUAUGUAGUUUUAUUUCUGAUAGAUACAAAUGAAAUGAAAGCAAUUUAAUAAUAGUAAAAGCACAAUUUAUUUCAUUCACUGAAUAAAUGCACAUCUACUAGGGAGCACUCAUAUACAAUUAUUAUCUAGAUGUCACAAAGAACAUUGUGCUUAAUAAAAAAAAUAUAGUCAAAUAGAAAUUCACUAUAUUUGAAUUAACUAAUGAAUCAACCAGACACAUUGACUUUCCCCAUAGAUUGUACUG